GUCAGCACAAUGCCAAGCAAACCUGCGCCCAUCAAGAAGUCCCCUGUCAAGCAGGCGGCCAAGAAGGCGCCGGAACCGGCCCCUGUAGAGGCUCCACCUGCGGAGGCUCCACCUGUGCAUGCUGCACCUGCGGAGGCUCUACCUGCGGAAGCUCCACCUGCGGAGGCUGCACCUGUGGAAGCUGCUGCAAAUGAGGAGGCAGCUCCCGCACCCGAGGGAGAAGCAGCCCCCGCUGCUGAAGGAGGCAGUCCAGCAGAAGCUGCUGUCGUUGAAGAGCCACCAAAGGCCUCAACGCUCCCACUUCCUGCAGUCCCCACCAGCGCUCCUCGAGACGUAUCUGUGGAGGAUGUGACCGAUUCCAGCCUCACCAUUAAAUGGAACUCGCCGGAAACCAUCGGAGCCUCUGGCCUGGACGGAUACACCAUCGAGUACUGCAAGGAUGGAACCGCAGACUGGGUUGUGGCUCAAGAGGAGCUGACGACUGCUAAUCUCUUCUGCAUCAAGAAUCUCACAGCCGGUGACCUGCUGCAUGUGCGCGUGGUGGCUGUAAACCGUAGCGGCCGCAGUGAACCUGGAACACUUGCUCAGUCUGUGCCCAUCCGAGAAAUUGGUGAGCGUCCCAAGAUCCGACUUCCCCGCAUUCUGAAAUCCUGCUGUGUCAAGCAGGUUGGAGAGCAGAUCAAUCUGGUUAUCCCCGUUCUUGGAAAGCCCAAACCUGUGGUGUCCUGGCUGAAGGACGGGCAGCCGGUGGUUCCAAGGGUCAACAUCAGGAACAGUGACAAGGACAGCAUCAUAUUUAUCCGCCAAGCUCAAAGGGAGGACUCUGGUGUUUAUGAGAUUACCGUCAAAGUAGACAGCUUUGAGGACAAAGCCACCUUCACCCUUCAAAUUGUGGAGCGGCCUGGCAGUCCUGCCGAUGUGAAGCUGGUGGACACCUGGGGCUUCAACGCUGCUCUUGAAUGGACCCCUCCCAAGGAUGACGGCAACACAGAGAUCACUGGAUACACCAUCCAGAAGGCCGACAGGAAAACUGGGGAAUGGUUCUUGGUGCUGGAGCACUGCCACAGGCUAACUACCACCGUCACAGAUCUCAUUAUGGGCAACGCGUACUCCUUCAGAGUGUUCGCUGAGAACCAAGUGGGCAUCAGUGAGAUGAGCACUGUCACCAAGGGGGUGGCCACCAUCCAGAAGACAGGCAUCGUCUACACGCCUCCCGAGUACCCGGAGCGUGACUACAGCGAGGCGCCCAGGUUCACAACACCCCUCAUCAACCAUGCUGCCACUGUGGGAUACACCACCAAGCUGCUGUGCUCUGUCCGUGGAAGCCCCAUGCCUAAGAUCGAGUGGUUGAAGAAUCAGAUGGUCAUUGGAAACGACGCCAAGUUCCGCCAGAACUCGACCCAGGGCAUUUGCUCCCUCGAGAUCCGUAAGCCCGGCUGCUUCGAUGGCGGUGUGUACACCUGCAGAGCCAAGAACGAGCAGGGGGAAGCCGUGGUCUCCUGCAAGUUGGAGGUCAAACAGAUUAUUCUUUCAGAGGCUGACAAGGAGAAGGGCAAAUAAUUCAACGCCCAACUCUAGAGAGUGUUUGAAGAGAAGAGAGAAAGAAUUAUUGCAGUCUGCGCAGCAGUGUGUACAUAAUGAGAGGGAAAUAACAACAAACCAACAUCUCCAUAUCGAUUUCCAUCCCGACUCACUCACUCCUCACAGCAGGGAAGACCCACGCCUCCCAAAUCAUCCCAGUUUGUCAAACGUUGUCUGUUAUUUGUGCUGGUGAGCUGUAUGUCAGGAUAUAUUUACAAUGUUUUCUGUCUGCCUGUGUCUGGAUGUUUGUUACAAUGUAUUUAUAUGUUCUACUCAAUAAAACAAUGACGCCUUGGACAUGAUCUGGCAUUGGCUGUAUGGAUGAUUAAUAACAAAUGUAUUUAAUUACAAAUUAUGUAGAUUUGUACACACAUUCUAAACAUUCUAAACAUAUAUUACAUUUUAGGUUGGGUUUAGAUGCAAGUUUUUGUCAUUGAAUACAAGUAGAUCUGCCGUGCUCCGGCUUACAGGAGAUGGCAAGACGUCAUUGUGAUUUGUCCAAAUUACAAACAAAUGUGAUUCAGCCGGGCUAAUGGUUUUGGAUUCAUCUGCUAAGGUUUUAAUAUCUGUCUGGAAGAGGAAUUUCUGUUUGUUUUACUCAAAUCAUUGACAUAACAAGCAAAUUAAUAACAUUUAUGAUUAAAAUUCUUAAAUAUAAUAUGCCCUGCUAUUUUAUUUCGUUGUAUUGUAUAUUUGUAAACAUGUUUUCUGCUGCUUUACAAAGUUUCCCCCUUGGGAUGAAUAAAGUAAUAUCUAAUCUAAUUUAAA